AUGCAGACUGUUUGUCAAUGUUCAACGAAUCAGUGUAAUUGUUUGAACAUUCCAUCUUCACGAUUUAAUCCAUUGAAUUUCUUAUCAUCAAACAUCAUGAAUAGCAACGAUAUUAGAAACUAUUACAGUAAUCACUAUCCAUAUCAUGAGAAGUUAUAUCAAUUACAGUUGAAAUCAUCUAGUCAUUUAGAUACUGGUAAUACUAUGGGUAAUAAUAAUAAUAGUAGUAUUGAUGGUGGGAAUAUUAGUAGUCAUAGUAAUAGCAAUAGUGGUAGCAGCAGCAGUUGCGCCUAUUCACCUCACACUAAAGUACCUAAAAAUAACCUGCAUAAUCCUAAUCAUUCUGUUGUUUCUAGUGAAGAUUUAUUGUCGGCAACACGUCGAAUAUUUCAACUUGACAAAUCUUAUGAUAUUGACAGUAUUCAUUCAAAAUAUGGAGUAUAUGACAACCACCAGCAUCAGUCUACAGUUGAAAGAGAAAAGGAGGUGUUUUUCCAGCAUUCAAGCGGUUACCAAAGUUACAAUGGUGAUAAAUCAGUCCAUGAAUUAUCAUUAUCACCUACAUUAUUGUCCCAUGCUAAAAUUAACCCACUACACUUACUUAUAUCCUCACCGACAACAUCACCUACCUCUUCAAUACCAAUUCAAUCAGAUUCAAAUGUUAACUUGCUGAAAGUAUUGAAUCGUGAAUUCAUUCCAUGGUAUAAUGAUUAUACGAAUACCGCUACCAAUACCUGUAACAGUGUUAUGAGUAAUACUCAAUCAAAAGAAAUCAAUAAAUAUGAUUGUCAAAUCCCUAAUCAUUUAAAUCAAAAGUCUAAUUGCUAUCCAAAUAUGCUUACAAUGAAUGAUUAUUUUAAUAUGCACGAAUAUAAUUAUCAAAGCAUACUUCAACUAUAUCACACAAACAACAAUAUUCUUUAG